AUGCGAACGCUACUCACUUCGAGACUUGUGUUUCUUUAUAUCUCAUUUCCGUUUUCAAAUGCAAAAUAUAUGCUAAACCAUGCUUACACACCCUCCAAUUUCUUCAACGAGUUCAAUCUUUUCACAGGAGAUGAUCCAACGAGCGGAUUCGUAAACUAUGUAGACCAGCCCACAGCCUUCGCUUCAGGCUUUAUGGAAGACCAAACGAAUAGCAUCUACAUCGGCGUCGACUCUGAUAAUGUAUAUCCCGUCAAUGCUCGUGGACGACCGAGUGUGCGGCUCGAGAGCAAAGCAACGUACACUCAUGACAUACUCGAAGGCGUCAACCUAAUGACGGCUAACAAACCCGCCGCCCACACCUCCGCAGGCUGCACCAUCUCUGGCUCCAACCAAACCGCCACCCUCUCCCAACCCGACCGCUCCCCCGCCGCCCCCGGCAAUAUUGGCUGCGGCUCCGCAAUGUUUAGGAUCCUGAGUGCGAGCUUCGCGGGGCCAGGGUGUGAUAUCGAUGAGCAUUUCAAGGAGCACCAGAUCGUGUUUAAUAUCACGUUCUGCGGAGCAUAUGGCGGGAACACGUUUGAAGCGAACGGGUGCCCGAUGAGUGUGCCGGGGGAUGGGUUGGGGAGUUGUGUGGCAUAUGUUGCGGGCCAUCCCGAGGGGAUGAAGGAGGCGUAUUGGGACAUCAACUCACUGAAUGAUGGAAGGAAAAACGAUGUAGGGGAGGACGACGAUGAUGAUGAGAGCACAGACAACAGUGAAGAAGCAGAAGGUAACGAAGAGAGCGGAUGUGAGGAUUAAUCGCAAGACAAAGAUCAGGACGAGGUGCUUGAGCCUUCAAGCAGGCUCAAACGAUAUGAAGGCAAGUGAAAAUGGAGUCGCUUUAGGAUGUGGCUAUUACGAGAAUUUUACGAUCGGAGGGUUUACUACCAAC